ACUGCUACUACACAGUAUAUACAUAUCGAUUAUGGGAGGAGAGAAACAUGGUCACACCAUCUCCUCCCUUUUCUUCUUCUUUUUCCUUGUUUCCAUUCCUUAUCCAACAAUUGCCAAAAAGGAUGGAUCUUCUUCUAAUUCAUCAUCUUCUCAACAUGUAGUCAAAUACUCUCCCGUCGAUAAUUACUUGAUCAAUUGUGGUUCAACCGAAGCCACCGUCUUAAGCGACGGCCGGUCCUUUCGUUCCGACGCUCAAUCGGCUUCUCUACUUUCCACCACUGAAGAUAUACAGGUAUCUGAUAAAUCCCUUUCCAAUUCCACCUUCUCCAAUACCUCCUCCUUUCUUCUCUCCUCUUCAUUGCCUCUCUAUCAAACGGCAAGGAUCUUCGUUGAUGAUUCCACCUACAGCUUCUUCAUCUCUCGCCCAGGUAGACAUUGGGUUCGUCUCUAUUUCUUUCCUCUUCCAGAUUCAUCAUACAACCUCACAUCUGCCACAUUCUCUGUCAUCACCGAUUCCACUGUCCUCCUCCGUGAUUUCUCUGUCUCGAAUAACAAUUCCUUGAUUCUCAAAGAGUACCUCGUCAACGUCACCUCCAAUAGAUUCUCCCUCACAUUCCAGCCCCAAUCGAAAUCCAUAGCAUUCAUCAAUGCCAUGGAGAUCGUAUCGGCUCCGGACACGCUCAUUCCUGACACGGCCACCACCGUCUCCCCUGUAGGAAGCUUCAACGGUUUAAACAAUUAUGCCCUAGAGGUUUCUUAUCGUUUGAACGUAGGCGGGUGGCCUUUAACGUCCUUAAACGAUACCUUGGGGAGGACAUGGCAGAAUGACUUAUCUUUCAUGAGAUCCCCUCUACUGGCACAGAACGUAUCGAUUUCUCCGUCGAAAAUCGAGUACCCGUCGACCGGCGCUAGUGCUUUCAUCGCCCCCAAUGCGGUGUAUUCGACGGCGAAUGAGAUGGCAAAUGCGAAUGUCACACAACAGAAUUUCAAUCUCUCCUGGGAGAUGAAUGUUGAUCCGACCUUCUCCUACUUGAUCAGACUCCACUUCUGCGACAUUGUGUGCAAGACCCUUAAUGAACUCUUCUUCAAUGUCUACGUCAAUGAGAUGAUGGGCGUGGCGAGCCUUGAUCUUUCCACCAUCACCGGAAGCCUCCGCACCGCUUAUUUCCAGGAUUUCGUGCUCAACACCUCCGCCGUCGUUGAUGGCAAAAUAAGGGUGGAAGUGGGUCCGGCUUCCAACGUUCAAUCGGCAACGCCCAAUGCUAUCCUCAACGGCCUCGAGGUAAUGAAGAUGAGCAACGAAGCCAGCAGCUUGGAUGGCUUGUACACCAUCGAUGGGUCGUAUGUGGGGCCUUCCAUCUACAGCAAGCUUAAGAUAGUCGCCGCAGUUGGAAUCGGCUUGGGUGUGAUGGCUAUGUUGUUGGUGGCCACGAUGUUCGUUCGUUGGCAGAAGAGGCCUCCAGGUUGGGAGAAGCGGAAUAGCUUCUCGUCAUGGCUACUCCCUCUUCACGCCACUGGCCAAUCAAGCUUCAUGUGUAGCAAGAGCUGGUCACGUGGAGGAAUGAGGUCAAAGAGUAAGAGCAAAAAUGGCAACUCGGGCAUAAUGGGCCUCGGAAGAUUAUUCAGCUUCGCCGAAUUACGAGAAGCUACACGCAACUUCGACGACAAGGCGGUCAUCGGUGUUGGUGGGUUUGGUAAAGUGUACCUUGGUGAGACCGAAGAUAAAACCAAGCUUGCUAUUAAACGUGGAAACCCGAGUUCUGAACAGGGCAUCAAUGAGUUCCAAACUGAGAUUCAAAUGCUCUCCAAGCUUCGUCACCGUCAUCUGGUUUCUUUAAUUGGAUACUGCGAUGAGAACUCAGAGAUGAUACUUGUGUAUGAGUACAUGGCCAAUGGUCCGUUCCGUGACCAUCUCUAUGGUUCUAACCUCACUCCAUUAUCAUGGAAACAACGACUCGAGAUCUGUAUUGGUGCUGCGCGAGGGCUGCAUUAUCUCCACACAGGCGCAGCGCAAGGAAUCAUCCACCGUGAUGUCAAGACCACCAACAUUCUCCUUGAUGAAAAUUUCGUUGCUAAGGUCUCUGAUUUUGGGCUUUCCAAGACAGGACCAGCGAUAAACCAGACCCACGUCAGCACUGCCGUGAAGGGCAGUUUUGGGUAUCUCGACCCGGAGUACUUCAGGCGGCAACAGCUGACGGAGAAGUCUGAUGUGUACUCAUUCGGUGUUGUGCUCUUUGAGGUGUUGUGUGCGAGGCCGGCCAUCAAUCCAGCACUGCCAAGGGAACAGGUGAAUUUGGCAGAAUGGGCGAUGCAGUGGCACAGGAAGGGAUUGCUGGAGAAGAUUAUUGAUUCUCAUCUUCAGGGGACCAUAAGCUCAGGCUCGCUGAAGAAGUAUGUGGAAGCUGCGGAGAAGUGUUUGGCUGAGUAUGGUGUGGAUAGGCCGUCCAUGGGAGAUGUUCUUUGGAACUUGGAGUAUGCUUUGCAGCUGCAAGAAGUGUCGACGAAGAUUGAUCCUUCUGAGGAUAACGGUUCUGUUCUCAAUGCUUUGCAGCCACGAAGCGAGAAUGACCACAAUGACCAUGCUUCGACACCGGCUGCUGUUGCCUUUGAUGAUAAUUCAGGAGUAGUUAAUGCUCCAUUGUUUUCUCAGAUUGGAGGGUUUCAAGGAAGAUAAGAGUUGAUCAAUUCAAAUCUGGUGGUUGAUGGUUCUCUCCUCUGCCUUUGGUUUGGAAGAGUAGCAAUUUGAUAGGUGAUUGUGGGGAGCAAGC